AUGGCAAUUCUACACACUCAUGCCAGUGCCGGAAGCCUCGGAGGAACACUUGCCGGCUUCUUUGCUGUACCAAAGCUUAACCGCUUGUUCUAUGGUUUUUCUGGGCAGUACAUUGGCCUAUUUUAUGGAUUAACAAACGGUAGAACAGCUGCUGGAAUUCGACAGAUAGCAGUUCAGUUGCUUGGGAUUUUGUUUGUUGUGAUUGUUAACAUUUUAAGUAGAAGCAUAAUAUGUCUUUUUGUGCAAUUAUUUGUGCCUUUAAGGAUGUCUCAAGAGGAUAUGGAGAUUGGUGAUGAAGCUGCUCAUGGAGAGGAAGCUUAUGUCAUUUGGGGACACAAUUGA